AUGCCGUUCCUCUGUAACUCCACCUCUCCUACUUUUCUCCUGACUGGCGUCCCUGGCCUGGAAUGGGCUCAUUCCUGGAUCUCCAUCCCCUUUUGCUGCCUCUACGUCACUGCCUUAUCUGGCAAUUCUGUGAUCCUGUUCGUGGUCCUUACUGAGCAGACUCUCCAAGAGCCCAUGUACUACUUCCUGUCCAUGCUGUCGACCACUGACAUUGGUUUGUGUAUCUCUACUAUGGUGACAGUACUCGGAAUAUUCUGGCUCAACGCCCGGGAGAUCAGCUUCAACGCCUGCUUGUCCCAGAUGUUUUUCAUUCACCUCUUCACGUUCAUGGAAUCCUCGGUGCUCCUGGCUAUGGCCUUUGAUCGUUUUGUGGCCAUCUCCAACCCCUUGAGAUAUGCCACCAUUCUGACUCACGCAAGGAUUUCACAAAUUGGCCUGGCGGUCAUUACUAGAGCAACUGUCAUUUUGACCCCACUGGUCCUGCUCCUUAAGCGUCUGUCUUUCUGCCGUAGCCAUGUGCUCCAUCACUCCUAUUGCUUCCACCCCGAUGUGAUGAAGCUCUCGUGUUCAGACACAAAGAUCAACAGUGCGUUUGGACUAACUGCGAUUAUUUCCUCUGCUGGCGUGGACUCGAUCUUUAUCCUGCUCUCUUAUGUUCUGAUCAUCCGCUCAGUUCUUAGCAUCGCAUCCCCUGGGGAAAGGAAGAAGGCCUUCAGCACCUGCGUUUCUCAUAUCACUGCAGUGGCCAUCUUCUAUAUCCCCUUGAUCAGCCUGUCCUUUGUCCACAGAUUUGGAAAACACGCCCCACCCUAUGUGCCCACUCUCAUUGCAAAUGUGUACUUGCUCAUCCCCCCGGUGAUGAACCCCAUCAUCUACAGCGUGAAAACAAAGCAGAUUCAGAAAGCUAUUCUCAGGCUUCUACACUGCAAAGGAUCUCACAUUUAA